GGAUAUAGUGAAUGCGGGGUCCGGGGAGAGAGGAUAUAGUGAAUGCGGGGUCCGGGGGGAGUGGAUAUAGUGAAUGCGGGGUCCGGGGAGAGCGGAUAUAGUGAAUGCGGGGUCCGGGGAGACUGGAUAUAGUGAAUGCGGGGUCCGGGGAGAGUGGAUAUAGGGAAUGUGGGGUCCGGGGAGAGCGGAUAUAGUGAAUGGAAUGUGGGGUCCGGGGAGAGCGGAUAUAGUGAAUGCGGGGUCCGGGGAGAGCGGAUAUAGUGAAUGCGGGGUCCGGGGGAGAGCGGAUAUAGUGAAUGCGGGGUCCGGG